GUUCCCCCGUGUGUCAGAAUGGUGGAUCGUGUAUCAACCCUGACACUUGUCACUGUGCUGCUGGGUACAAAGGAUCUACGUGUCAAAGUGUAUCAUUGUGCUCGCACGUAUCGCCAUGUUUUCCUGGAAAUUGCAGCGGUAAUCCGGAACAAUGUGUAUGUAGAAAUGGAUUCAGUGGACCAACAUGCUUAAACUUCGACAACUCUUACACACCAGUAUUGCAAAAUACGAAUUCCUCUUUAUUUUACGUAAAUUCGUCUACUAUGGUACAAUAUUCCUAUACUGUAUCAUCAACGACAGCUAACAGAGAAACGUGGUCAAAUCAACGGGAUUAUACUUCGUUAGUACUUUCGGUGGAUGCCUUUUUCGACCAAAAUUCCACCAUUGGUUUUAUACAGACAUUUCCCAAUUAUGUCAGUGAUAUAACAUUUGGUAUGGUAACUGGUCAGGUGAUAUCGACGCUUAUAUUUGCUUCAGGUGACAGCCCCGCAACUUUCACAUCUGAGUGUACGGGUUUGAAUAGCACAUCGCCUAUUGAUGAGUUACGGUGUAUUAUUCCAAUAGUCGGAUCACUUCAGGUUGACUCUGGAGAUAAAUUCAGGUUUACAUUUGUUGUAACAUCUGGUGGAAACAGACGUCUAAAGAACACAGACAAUAAUAAAGUUUAUGAACCAGAGUCUUACAGUGGACAGUCAGUGCAAGAGGUACUAGAAUUCCGAUUUGAUUUUGAUGUGCCAUUCUAUUGUAUACAAAAUUCAUCUUGUACAGAUACUAGUAAUCCUUUGCAAAUGGCAGACGAUAUAACAGUGACUGCUAUACGUCCGUCCUGGUCAGGCUGGAGUGAUGCCAUUUCGGGUGUAUAUCGAUAUGUUUUUGAAGUUUGGAAGAUGGAAUACGUACCAGGACAAGACGGUCUGCGGGAACCACUUAUUACUUCGACAACAAAUCCAGAACCUUCAUUUAUAACAGAAAUAAUGGCCGACAACAUAACAUUUCCAGUAUAUACACCAUCAGAACCAGGCGUGUAUUCCUGCAUAUUAGAGGUAAACGACAAGGCGAAUAACUCUAUAUAUGUAAGACGCAUAGUAGUGUUCGAUGAUUCGUCACACAUUAAUGUUAGCUCAUCAAACAGUCUGUAUAUAUCUACCGCUAGUGCUGAAACAGACUAUAUGUGGCAGACGGAAUAUAAUUUAGAUGGUGUAACUGACUUCGAUGUAGUCUGGACAAAUCUAUUUUCCAAUCAUCUACAUGACAAAGAACAUUUUCUCUCCAAGAUAUUAACGUAUGAACCUCGACUAAGUGACAAUAUCAAUAGACAUGGUUAUAAACAGAUUCUCGAAGAAUUCGACGACAACGAAGGUGACAGAACAUUAAAUGAAACAUUCCAUCUAAGAGGAAUUAUUAAAUAUGAAAUGGCUCAUGAAAUUAUUAGCAAGCCAAAAAGUGUUCCGCUAGAUUUUAGUUGGAGCAAAAUCUCUCCAGUAUCAGAAACAACCUCAUUCCAAAUGACAACACGUACCAUAGGCGACGGAGACUCUCACCAAGUCUGGAUUCGUGCGACUGAUUUAACCAGCAGAAAUCAUACAAUAACAACAAUUAUUCAUUUUGAUAAGACUGGACCACUUAUUCAUUUAAGUAAUAUUGCCUAUAAUGUCAAUGGUGGAUCUCAACAGUUUACCAGUAGAAUGUCAGUUAUUUCCCAAGAUCUCCAUAGUGGAGUGUUGAAUGCUUCUUAUAAAAUUGUUCUGAAUGAAACAGGCGAAGUGAAAUUUCAAACAGAUAUAUUUAUCAAUAAUGAGACAACUGAAGAUUGUGCUAAGAAAGCAGACUGUUAUUGUGUUCCUAUGGGACAGUGUUUUACACGUACCAUGACAUUUGAUUUUGACAACUGUUUACUUGCUGUUCCUCUUGAAUUAAUUGACUCCGGAACAUAUUCCUUGCAUGUGACAUCCUAUAAUACAGCAAGACUUCCAUCAUUCUCCGUUAUUCAGAUGGGUGACGUAGGUCAAUUCAAUGGUGUCAAUCAAUAUCCAAGCCCGUCCUCAAUAUCUAUUAUAAAUAAAACCAAUACUGAAAUUACAAUUCAAUGGACGAAUAUUGUAACCUGCUACCAGAUCGCACAGUUUGUAAUAUACUUGCAUAGACCCGAUAAUUCUACAGAUAGUUUUAUAAUUGACAAAGAUUCUGUAAUAUACACAAUAACUGGCCUUUCACCUGGUGCUCCUUAUGAUAUUGACAUGUACACAGAGUAUGGCAAUGGAACGCAUCUUAGUAGAAGUUUAGAAGCUUUGACAACUGUAUUUUCAACAGGUAAAUAUCACUACUCACUUGUUUUGUUUAGUUUAUAUACGGCCAUAAAUUGA